AUUCGUUGCUCGUUUAAAUUUCGCGAAUUUACCCCCAACGCUCGUACAAUUAAAAUCGAACCAGCAGAAAAAACAACAAAUAAAAUGCGGUGCGGUUUAAAGAAAUAAAUUUUUGAAACGUUUUUUGAAACAAAAAGUGCAGAAAGCACAGCGACAAAGUGAGAGAAAUACCUAGGAGUGCAGUAAAUAAAAUAAAACACACACCAAAAUGUCGACAGUUGUGGAACAGGCGGUCACAGCGGGCACCCAGAAUACAGCAGAGCUAUCGAGUGGCGGAGGGGCUGCAAGCGCAACUGGAAAAUCAGCCAUAUCCACGGCCAUAGCUGCCACGCCCCCCUCGACUUCCGCCCCCACGGCAGCGGAAAUUGAGCAACUGCAACAGGCAUUAAUCGAGAAGCAAACCCAGCUGUAUUCCCUGGAAUCGGCCUGUCUGAGGGAAACCGAGCGGCAAGUGGAACUCGAGGACAGUGUGAUUGCGUGGCAGGACAAGUACGAUCGGCUGUACGAGUCGCACAAGCGGGUUCAGAAGGUCAACCAGAGUCUGGAGGACAAGAUGCUCAAGCUGGUGGAUCGAAAUGCCGGCGAGAGGGCCCAACUAACCAGUGAUGUGGCCACCCUGAGUGUGAGACUCGCCCAGGCGAACUUCAACAUCGCCAAGCUGCAGAGGGAAAUCGAGCGCUACAAGGCCGACAUUAGCCUGGCCAUCCAAUUGCUGCAGUGUAAGCCGGAUAGUUUUGUGUCCCAAAAAGUGUCAUCGCUACCCAUUGAUAUUCAAUCGAAGGUGUCGGCGUACAUGAGAUUGGAGACGAACUCCCAUUCCGAUUCCGAGUGCAGCAACAGCGGCGUGGGCGUGGCCACCACAGCUUCCUAUAAAGUGCUUCCGGCCUCCGACUCGCCGCCGCCCUCCGCCUGCCCCUUCCCGCCGACGGCCAUGGUUUACUCGAUGAGGGGAAUCGGUAGGUAUGCCGCCAAUGGGAAUACGGUCACAAAUCCUCAACAGCAGUCGAAUCAACCCACAAACACCCAUUCCAGCAACAACAAGGAUACACUUAACAACAACAAUAAUAAUAACAACAACAACAGCAGCACUAAUAAGUGCAACAAUCAAACUAAUACAAAUAUUAGCAAUAAUAAUGCAAAUCAAACAACAACUAAUCCCGACAUGAUAUCGCCCACAAUAAUGGCAAAGUUUCUGGAGGACGAACUGAAGGCCAAUGAGGUGAAGCACUGCGAUACGUGUCAGUGCAGCAAACAGGAUCUGCAGGUCCUGGCGGACGUAUCUCGUUCCUAUUCGGUGGCCACUCAAACGCCCCAUCAGUUGCAGCUCCAAGGAUCGGGAUUGAACGAACCGCUGACCCAACUUUGCCUAAGAUGUCACAGUAAUCUCAACUCGCCGUCGCGAACCAACAGUCCCUAUCUGAUGAAGAUGGUCAAGUCCAGUGAUUCUGUAAUAUCCGAGACCAAGAGUUCUGUUUCGGAUCUAAACGACAUGGACAAGUUGUUUACGCCGGCCAAGAAGGACGAUCUGAUGGUGAAUCCCAUACUGGGACAUCAUCGGCUCUGCGAAAGGACCGCGAUGUCCGGCCCAAAUGGGGAGUACGGCAAUGGAAAGCUGACCACCUCUACGAUGAUGUAUCCAACCACACAUCUGGGGGCCUAUGCUGCGGAAAAGUACCUCCUCGAGACGAGUAAUCUGGGCCACCUGAGGAAUGGCUAUCAAAGGAGGUUCCUGGAUGGCGGCGGAACUGCCCUGCAGCUCUUGAACAAAUACGAAGCAAAUGCGGUUGGAGUUGUCCCGGAUGAGAUGGAGGAUGAGUCGAGUAAGCCUUUGCUUUCUGGUGUUUCGCAGCCCAGUCUUUUGGAAUCGGAACAGGCUAAUCCCGCUCAGCAAUCUGUGGCUCCUGUUAAACUGGAAGAUGUCUGCGAACCGCCGCCCAGUAAGCCAGUUGCCCCAGUGGCUCCUCCAGGAAAUCCAGUUGCAGCCGCUCCAUCGGGAACUCAACUCAAGUCUACGAACUCAGGAAGUGUCCAGAGUCUGUGGAGCAACAAGACCAGCAGCUGCGAGGGGGCCAAAAUGUUCGAGACCUUCAACAGGAAUCUCAUCAAAACGAUCAAGGCGGAGAAUCCCAAAUACCGCGGACCACGCCUGUGUGCCAUGCGAAUCCAGCAAAACGGCCAGAGCAACAUCCUGCUGGACAACCUGGAGUCCAUAGAAACCUAUACCCCGGUGAUCUACAAGCGACGGGAGAAGCUACUGGAUGAGGAGCUCAACGAUGGCAAGGACAUCAUCACCAGCAAAGAGAGCAAUGCUCAGUCGGCGGUAGAGGCCUGGCAAGGACCCGCUGCGCCCCACGAGAAUGUGGCUCUUCAACCAGUUUUGGAACCCCAAGUGGAGAUUCCCGAAGUGGAACCAGUCGAGACAAAGACCGGAGAAUCAGCCGCAAAUCCCGGGGUUAACUCACCCAAACACUCGGCCAACUCGAGUUCCAUAAGCGAUGUCAUCGACUACCAGGAAAGUGUCCUUCUCAGACGCCAGCAACUCAGCAGAGUUGCUGAAUGGGUUCAGCAUAACACCCAGCAACUGGAGCAGAGGAAUCUCCAGCAGGCUCCGCCAACCAGUGACUCGAAUUCGGGCACCGAAAGGCAAUCCUCGUACUCCACACUAGAUCGCAUGGACUCCAUAUCCAUAGAGAAGCUCUCCAUGGAUUCGGGUUAUAAGACCACUCCGCAACAACUCACCAAUGGUUAUCCGGAAAAGUCCACAGAGGAUUCGCUAUCACCGAAAACGGAUAUUACCAGUAAUUCCCUAACGGAAAACCCCACGGGAACUGAAGUGCCGGUGAAGAAAACGGAAAUGUGCACCACUUACUAUAGGAGAACCACCAGAUCGGGAUUGCCGGUGGCAUAUACCACCGUUUCGGGAGUCCCAGUUGAUGCGACUACCCCCGGCGGGGAGUCCACCAUUUCCUCCGGUUCCGAGGCCCUCAUCUGCCCCGAACAGCCCACGUGUGAUAUUCUGAACUACAAGUACUAUCCCAAUGAUACGGACAAAACGCGCUCCGUUCAGGCAGAGCUGCACACGACCACCCAGAACGUGGACAUAGCCCAGAUGGAGUACAAUGUGAAGCAGUUUCUGCUCAAGCAAAACGAAUGGUCCAUGAAUGGCGGCGGAUCAGGAUCAGGAAACGGAAAUGGAGCAAAUCCUGGAGUACUUCUGCAAGGAUCUGGAGCAGCCGCACGAAUGAUGCAGCGCAGGAUUUUGGGUCCCGGCGUGGGGGAGCGGGUGAGGAUGGCCACUCCCGGCGGAGCUGUGGCCACCAAGGCCACCAAGGCCACCGCCACCAACAGCACCACCACACAGUCAUCCAACAUCCUGCCACCCCACAGAACUGAAACGAAUUUAUAAGCAAACGGGGUCAAGGAGUUCGCAUCCAGCACACAUCCAAAGAGGAAACCAAACUGUAUUCUAGUCUAGUUUUGCUAUACCCUUAGUUCAUAUUCCACGGGCUAUACAAAUACGAUAUAGCAAUGCUUAAGUUGGGUGAGGGGUUCUCAAACAAGCAAAAAAGAAACACAUGCUAAUAGCAAUGAUACUAUACAUAUGUACGAUAAAUGUAAUACUUACACCACAAUCUACAAUCUAAGCUAGCUAAAGUUGCUUUGGAGCUAUAACUAAGAUGAUAAUCUGGCUAGUCAAAGGGUGCAAAAAUAUCUGGGAUGUUGGUUUAUAGUAUAUAUUUCUUAAAAUUUAUGUGAGCCUAUUAUUAAUAUAAAAAUACGUAAUUUGGAUUAGGUUUUUCAUCUAAAGAGCAUUUUUUUUUUACAUUAAAUUUAAUAUUUAAUAUUUUUGUUAUUUAUUUUUUAUUUUUUCUAUUUUUUUCUAUUUUCUAUUAUAUAUAAAAGAACAAUCAAUUUUCACUUAUCCUUUUUAAAUUCUCUAUUUUCUCAAAGUGUCUUCCUUAAACCUUUUUUUUCUUUAAACCCAGCUCCACAAAUUGAAAAGCCCCUCAGCAAUUGCAGCUAAAACAAAAAGCAAAUCUAAGACAUAUGAUAUGGUUACUCCUUACGAUAUAACACAAAAUUAUAUACAAACUAAAAUCGCGUAACUUUUUGAUGUCUGCAUGUUAAUAUAACCCACAAGAAUUCGAAAAUUCGAAAAACUUUACCCGAAACAAGCCUAGGUUACAAUGGAAAUAUAUAUAAAUUAUAUUUAUAGGAAUAUACAGAUAAUUAUGCUAUUUACGAUUGAUAUUUGAUAAGCGCGUUAUAUUUUCUAGAUUCCGAUUGUGCAAUAUUUUUUGGUAGUACGAGAAACGAAAGCGAAUUUUUAUUUUUAUAAAAUGCGACCAAAAACGAAGGGGAGAACUUUCUGAUCUUUUGAUUUCUAUUUUUUCUAUUCGAGCAUUUUGUCCAGCCGCAAAAGCUUAGCGCUAUUUAGCAAAACCCGAUCAGUCGAUAAAAAAGAUAUAUACAAGUAUUGUACCUUUUUGCCGGAAAACAAACUGUACUCAUUCCUGCCCAUUAGAUGACCUUCAUAUAGAGAACUGUAACCCUCUGCUAAUCUGCUAAAUCAAAGAUAUAUUAGCCACGCUAUAUACACGUACAUUCAGAAUCAGAAUCAGAAACAGACACGGACACACUUGCAUUAAAAACGUAUCUGAACAGACAUAUGAUUGUAAUACCCACAUAUAUUUACAUCUAUAUAUACAUUAACAUAAAUAUAUAUAUAUAUAUAUAUAUAUUCACCUUAUACGUGUAUACCCGACCCACAAGAACACAAAAACAAACACAUUCAACGGCUUCAGAAGAACCAAUCCAACCAAAUUUCUAUGUACUCCCCACAUCAAUCAUAAUUAUAUGGAACGCCUCGAUAUUUACUCGAUAUUUACAUGUAUGGCUGCUAUCUAUAUCUCUAUAUCUCGAUUACUUUACCAUGUAUACACUGAGCGAAAUGCUUCAAUGGAAACGCUUUAAGACACUGUUAUGUUUGGCCUACUUAUAUGAACGUUUAAUUAGCAUAAAUUCAACUCGUAUCUCUAUAGAGAAAGUGAAGCCCCAACUAUGAUUGCUUACCAUAAAUCCUGGGAUCCAGCUCUAUAGACAUAGAUCCUCUGCCUGUUACGCACUUUAUCCUAUGCGAUAUAAUAUAUCGAACGAAUCAAAAAUCUCUUAUUAAGUUCAUGUACCAAUCUCGAAAAAGACUUAACUUGGAUAAGUAACUAGAUCAUUUUCGAUAAUCACCCACUAUAUCUCCAAUCUCUCUUACUCCCUCACCUGUAACUCACUGCUCAACGAUCCAGUUUUCCAGCAUUACACUAAUAUAUAUCAAAAUCUCGCAAAACCAAUAGAACACUGCCCCGAAAGUCCCACUCACUGCCCCCCAAAACCCUUGCUUCCCUCUAAGAACCCAAAAACUAAAUUUAAGUAGAACCAUUCUCCAGCUCAAGAAAACACACAGAACUUUAUUUAAGGCAGCCUAACUCAAAAGAAUCCCCAAGAACCUUAGCUAAGGAAUAACUAGAAAACAUAAAAGCGAAACGAAAAAAAAUUGAAAUGCAAUUUCAGCAAAAAAAUCGAAAUAACUAACAAAAAACUAGCUUAAAUAUUUGGGCAUAAGUUCAACUCCAGCUGAGACAUCUAGUUUAAAUUGGAAGCCUUUGUUCUCUCGCCUAGGUUCGAAACUUUUCAGAUACUUAGCCUUAUAUGAAUGUGUACAUUUACUGCGCGUCUUGGUUGAUGUAACCAUUUUUGAGCUAUUGAACCACCUUAAUGUGAAACUAAAAAAAAUGAAAACCAGAAAAAAAGGCAACAUCAAAAUAAUAAAACAAGAAAACAAAUGGAAAUAAUUCAAAUAAAUAUGAGAUAAUUUUUGAAUAAA